AUGGAAAUUUUACAUAAUGGAAUUAACAAAGUGAAACCUUUCAUCCCGAUCCAUUCUGUAAGACAAGCACCUCCAAAAAUAACUAGUAUAUCCAAGAACGAUGUUCCACAACAUAUAAAAGCAGCAUUUUUUGAUUUCUUGGAUUUGGAGUGUUGUUGUCGAUCACUCCAAAUUCACCUACCUGUAGAACGCAACGCGCCCGCUGCUCCUCCAUCAGAUAUACGAGUUGAAGCCACGAGUUCAACAUCUGUCAAAGUAUCUUGGAUGGCACCUCCGAAAGACAUGAGAAGAGGCUCCAUCAAAGGAUAUUAUUUGGGGUAUAAAGUUCUUCGUUCUCCGGAUACUUACACUUACAAAACGCUUGACUCCAGUGGUGAUAUGAGAGAGGAACAUCACUUAACCAACCUUCGGCGAUUUACUCAGUACGUCAUAAGGCUACAGGCAUUCAACAAAGCUGGAAGCGGACCACAUUCAGAAGAAGUCACAGUUCAAACAUUAGAGUACGAUCCUCCUGGAACUCCCGUCUUACGUGUUGCUUCCGUAGCUGCUACCUCUGUGAAAUUAGAAUGGACGACACCAGACUCAACUCCAAUACAAG